AUGAAGCACCUCAUCCUCGUCGGUGCAUGCUACCUCGAUACGAUUCUGAGCAUCCCGCACUUCCCCGAGGAGGAUUCAAAAUUACGAGCUACAAGCCUACGGGUACGACGAGGAGGCAACUGCCCCAACACUAUUGAAGUCCUCCAACAAUUACUCAAUAAACCAUCUGGGCUUUCGAAUCCUAAUGAUGCCCCACCACCACGAAUGCACCUCGUCUCGCCCCUCCCAGAGCGUCAGUCGCAGGCAACAGCGCAGAUCAUCGCGUCUUUCCCCUCUAGCCGAGAGGGUUCUAAACCGGCGCCCAUUGAUUUCGAUCACUGUCUCUUCCGUGAGGGCCAUGGGGCGCCGGCGAGCAGCUACAUCCUCCGCAACAGCAGCAACGGAAGUCGCACAAUCGUCAACCACAAUGAUCUCCCCGAGAUGACUUCGGAUGAGUUUCUCAGCAUCGCGGAGGCGUUUCGGGGGCAGGGAGAUUCUUGGUGGCACUUUGAAGGACGGAUUCCAGACACAACGCUGGAGUGUCUACGGAUUCUGAGGCAGGUGUUGGGCGAUGAGGCAACCAUUAGCGUGGAGGUCGAGAAGCCUGGGAGGCCAGGCUUAAGGGAGCUUGCUGCCGAGGCGGAUGUCAUAUUCUACUCCAAAAGCUGGGCUGAGCAUUGUGGCUACACUUCUGCCGAGGCCUGUUUGAGAGAGGAGAGCCAGCCGCCAGGUCACAGCUCACUGGCGACCAUUACCUGGGGCGCUCAGGGAGCAUCGUGCCUGUCACUUAAGGAUAAGCAGUACGUCGAGUGCCCAGUCAAACAUGCGGUCGAGCAUGUCAUCGACUCUGUAGGUGCAGGAGACACGUUCGUGGCGGGCAUGCUCUACGGUCUGAUCUGCCAGGCUGAACGCUGGACAUUAGGCGAGAAGCUCGACUUUGCAGUCGAAUUAGCUACGCUAAAGGUUCAGCGCGAGGGGUUUAGUGGGUUAGGAGACGCCGUGCACAGUCGUGUUGGUGGUGGGCCGCACGUAUCGGAUUAG